CUAGCAGGAACCUGGAGGUCUUCCCUUAAGUCCAGAGUCUGACUCUCGGGGUGUCUUUGUGUCUUUCCUGACUGUAUGUGUGCCCUGGGUAUCUGUCAGUCUCUUUGGGCCUCACUGAUGCUGACUGCUGCCCACCUGCCUCUGUUGUUGAGCUCCUGUCUCUGUCUCCACUUCAUGAGUGUCUGUCUUCACCUGUUGGGUACAUGUCACGUACUGGGUGCCUGUUGGGUCGUGUCCCCUUCUGUCUCUGCCUGUUGAGUACAUGUCCCCAUCUGUCUCCACCUGUUGGGUGCAGGCCCCCAUCUGCCUCUGCCUGUUGGAUCCCCAUCUGUCUCUGCCUGUUGGGUACAUGUCCCCAUCUAUCUUUGCCUGUUGGAUAUGUGUCCCCAUCUGCCUCUGCGUGUUAGGUAUGAGUCUCUGUCCACUUCUGCCUAUUAGGUAUGAGUCCCUUCCUGCCUCCGCUUGUUGGGUACAUGUCCCCAUCUGUCUCUGCCUAUUGGAUGUGUGUUCUUCCUACCUCUGCCUGUUGGGCACAUGCCCCUAUCCAUCCCUGCCUGUUGGGCAUGUGGACUCUCCUACCCAUCUGUUGGAUGCCCACCUUCAUCUGUCUUCACCUGUAGGAUGCCUGCCUCUGCCUGUUGGGUGUCCCUCUUUAUCUGCCUCUAGAUGUUAGUUGCCUGUCUCUCCCUGUUGGGUACCUAUCUACUCCUCAGUAGCUGGGUUGGCAUGGGGCUUUCCCUUUGAAGGCCCACAGGGAGGAUGGGGAGGAGGGCCCGAGGGCAGCCCUCAGGCAAUAGGGAGGGGGAAGAGAGAGGAAGGGAGCGUGGUAAGGGAGCUGGGAAACCACAGGCCCUGAGUGAUUGGCAGUCCUGGGCUGGGCCCAGCCCCCGCCUUCACCCUGCACAUCCGCCUUGGGCCUGGCCACCUCCGCAGCAGCCCCGGACGCCGCCUGCUCCUGCCAUGGUGCCUCUGCCCAGCCCAGGCGGAUGGAGCGGGAUCCCAAGCUGCCCCGUCUGCGGCUCUGGGCCCUGCUUCCCUGGCUGCCCAGGAAGCAGCGGCCCAGGAUCAGCCAGACUUCUCUGCCUGCCCCUGGCCCUGGCCCUGGCCCCAGGCGGGACUCGGAUGAAGACGUCCUCAAGGAGAUCUCCAUCACGCACCAUGUCAAGGCUGGCUCUGAGAAAGCCGACCCAUCCCAUUUUGAGCUCCUCAAGGUUCUGGGCCAGGGAUCCUUUGGCAAAGUCUUCCUGGUGCGGAAGGUCACCCGGCCUGACAGUGGGCACCUGUAUGCCAUGAAGGUACUAAAGAAGGCGACACUGAAAGUGCGUGACCGCGUUCGGACCAAGAUGGAGAGAGACAUCCUGGCUGAUGUAAACCAUCCGUUUGUAGUAAAGCUGCACUACGCCUUCCAGACUGAGGGCAAGCUCUACCUUAUUCUGGACUUCCUGCGUGGCGGAGACCUCUUCACACGGCUCUCUAAAGAGGUUAUGUUCACGGAGGAGGAUGUGAAAUUUUACCUGGCCGAGCUGGCUUUGGGCCUGGACCACCUGCACAGCCUGGGCAUCAUUUACAGAGAUCUGAAGCCUGAGAACAUCCUUCUGGAUGAGGAAGGCCACAUCAAACUCACUGACUUCGGCUUGAGCAAGGAGGCCAUUGACCACGAGAAGAAGGCCUAUUCCUUCUGUGGGACGGUGGAGUACAUGGCCCCCGAAGUCGUCAACCGCCAGGGCCACACCCACAGUGCAGACUGGUGGUCCUACGGGGUGCUGAUGUUUGAGAUGCUGACGGGCUCCCUGCCCUUCCAGGGGAAGGACCGGAAGGAGACCAUGACACUGAUUCUGAAGGCAAAGCUAGGCAUGCCCCAGUUUCUGAGCACGGAAGCCCAGAGCCUCCUGCGGUCCCUGUUCAAGCGGAAUCCUGCCAACCGGCUCGGCUCCGGCCCUGAUGGGGCAGAGGAAAUCAAGCGGCAUGUCUUCUACUCCACCAUUGACUGGAAUAAGCUGUACCGGCGCGAGAUCAAGCCACCCUUCAAGCCGGCUGUGGCACAACCCGAUGACACCUUCUACUUUGACACUGAGUUCACAUCCCGCACGCCCAAGGACUCCCCAGGCAUCCCCCCCAGCGCUGGUGCCCAUCAGCUGUUCCGUGGCUUCAGCUUCGUGGCCACUGGCCUGAUGGAGGACGACGGCAAGCCUCGGGCCACGCAGGCGCCCCUGCACUCGGUGGUACAGCAACUACACGGAAAGAACCUGGUUUUUAGCGACGGCUAUGUGGUAAAAGAGACAAUCGGUGUGGGCUCCUACUCCGAGUGCAAGCGCUGUGUCCACAAGGCCACCACCAUGGAGUAUGCUGUCAAGGUCAUCGACAAGAGCAAGCGAGAUCCCUCGGAAGAGAUUGAGAUUCUUCUGCGGUACGGGCAGCACCCCAACAUCAUCACUCUGAAAGAUGUGUACGAUGAUGGCAAACACGUGUACCUGGUGACAGAGCUGAUGCGGGGAGGGGAGCUGCUGGAUAAGAUCCUACGGCAGAAAUUCUUCUCAGAGCGUGAGGCCAGCUUCGUCCUGCAUACCAUCGGCAAGACCGUGGAGUAUCUGCAUUCCCAGGGGGUUGUGCACAGGGACCUCAAGCCCAGCAAUAUCCUGUAUGUGGACGAGUCUGGGAACCCUGAGUGCCUGCGCAUCUGCGACUUUGGCUUUGCCAAGCAGCUGCGGGCUGAGAACGGGCUCCUCAUGACACCUUGCUACACCGCCAACUUCGUGGCGCCUGAGGUACUGAAGCGCCAGGGCUAUGACGAGGGCUGCGACAUCUGGAGCCUGGGCAUUCUGCUGUACACCAUGCUGGCGGGAUACACUCCAUUUGCCAAUGGACCCAGUGACACACCAGAGGAAAUCCUGACCCGGAUCGGCAGUGGGAAGUUCACCCUCAGCGGGGGAAAUUGGAACACGGUUUCAGACACAGCCAAGAAGGUGAAAGAGAAAGGAAACGGCCUUCCAGGAAGAAGUCCUGAAGAAGGGCAUGUGCUCGGGGAAGCCGUGGAGUGGUGUGGAGAGUGGAUCGAAGGGGCCACUGCAAGGGUCCAGGACCUGGUAUCCAAGAUGCUGCAUGUGGACCCACACCAGCGCCUCACAGCUAAGCAGGUCCUGCAGCACCCGUGGAUCACCCAGAAAGACAAGCUCCCCCAGAGCCAGCUAUCCCACCAGGACCUGCAGACUGUGAAGGGAGCCAUGGCAGCUACAUACUCUGCGCUCAACAGCUCCAAGCCCACCCCUCAGCUGAAGCCCAUCGAGUCGUCUAUCCUGGCCCAGCGGCGGGUGAGGAAGCUGCCAUCGACCACCCUGUGAGGGGCCAGAGCAUCCGGGCCACAGGGCAGUGCUAGCUCGACGGAGGCAGCGUACUUCCCAGAGGGAGCGGGCCUGAGUCACAGGGCCAGAGGGAGCGGAGCCCCGAGGGGGCCCAGAUCACCCCGGGGAGGGCGUGAGAAGUGCCUUCUCCUCCCCCAGGACGCACUCUUCUCGGUUCAGGCUCUGCUGGUUGAAAUCGAUUCACUGUACAAACUCUUGUCUUUUUUUAAGAAAAAAAUGGCACCAACCACCAUGGAUUUUUACAAGAUCCAUUUGCCUUUCUGGGAGCAGAAGUAGCCAGUGCAGCCCCAGGAGGGGUACUGAGUCACACUAGGGCUGUCUGUAGCUGAGACUCCUUAGAGCAGCUUUAGGGUCCCCCUGGGGGGGACCCCUACAAUUGGCCAUCUGUAGCCAUCUGCACCCACCUCCAAGGCAGUCCAGCGUCACCUUCCAGAGCCCUUGGCUGUUUGGCAGAACUUGCUCUAUCCCCAUCGGCUCCUUUUCUGUUCUGUUCUGUUGGGGGUUCUGGAACCACUUUCUGCUAGAGGAGAGGACCAAGGCCCCGUGGCUCCCAGCUCCAGGCACCAGCAUCCACAUUGGCCGUACCACUGGGUCCUCUGCAGUCAGGUCGGGCAGCCCCUGAAGGAGCAUCUGGAAAGCACUUUUUGGCUGACUUCUGUUGGAGUCUGCCGCAGGACAGAAUUCACAGGAGGCCUGUGGGGCAGGCCAAGAGGGGCAGGGGCUUUUUUCAUUCCUUCCUCAGCUGGUAACUCAGGGUUCAUCUGUCCACGGCCUUUCUAAUAAACUUACAGUUGAGUUGAA